UCAAAUCAGAGCCGCCCGCGCCCCGUCACCCAUCAUGGAAAUCCUUCAAGAAAAAGUGGCUCCGGACGCAUGUGCCUGAGGAUUCCGUACAAAAGAGGUGCCCAAAAUGAAGACCCUGAUGCGCCAUGGUCUGGCAGUGUGUUUAGCGCUCACCACCAUGUGCACCAGCUUGUUGCUCGUGUACAGCAGCCUCGGCGGCCAGAAGGACCGGCCCGCCCAGCAGCCGCAGCAGCAGCAGCAACAGCAGCGGCAGCAGGCGGCAGCGGCGACCGGCAGCGCGCAGCCGUCGGCGGAGAGCAGCGCCCCGUCGCGCCCCGGGCCCCCCGCAGGACCGCGACCGCUGGACGGAUACCUUGGCGUAGCGGACCACAAGCCCCUGAAGAUGCACUGCAGGGACUGUGCCCUGGUGACAAGCUCGGGACAUCUGCUGCGCAGCCAGCAAGGCCCGCAGAUCGACCAGACCGAGUGUGUCAUCCGCAUGAAUGACGCCCCCACGCGCGGCUACGGGCGCGACGUGGGCAAUCGCACCAGCCUGAGGGUCAUCGCCCAUUCCAGCAUCCAGAGGAUCCUCCGCAACCGCCACGACCUGCUCAACGUGAGCCAGGGCACGGUGUUCAUCUUCUGGGGCCCCAGCAGCUACAUGCGGCGGGACGGCAAGGGCCAGGUGUACAACAACCUGCACCUGCUGAGCCAGGUGCUGCCCCGGCUGAAGGCCUUCAUGAUCACGCGCCACAAGAUGCUGCAGUUUGAUGAGCUCUUCAAGCGGGAGACUGGCAAAGACAGGAAGAUCUCCAACACCUGGCUCAGCACUGGCUGGUUCACAAUGACCAUCGCACUGGAGCUCUGCGACAGGAUCAACGUGUACGGCAUGGUGCCCCCGGACUUCUGCAGGGAUCCCAACCACCCUUCAGUCCCUUAUCACUAUUAUGAACCUUUCGGACCAGAUGAAUGUACAAUGUACCUGUCCCAUGAGCGAGGGCGGAAGGGCAGUCAUCACCGCUUCAUCACGGAGAAACGAGUCUUUAAGAACUGGGCACGGACAUUCAAUAUUCACUUUUUUCAACCAGACUGGAAACCAGAAUCACUUGCUAUAAAUCAUCCUGAGAAUAAACCUGUGUUCUGAGGAAUAAGCGUGUCAGACCUAAACCCCAAGCACCCACUGUACCAGACACCAGGCCACUGGACUUCCUGAGCCCCAGACAUGAAAGAGGAACAGAACUGGCAGGAAAUGGCUUCACUCCUCAAGAAGUACCAUGUGCAGAUGCCUACGAGAAGUGACUACAAAAUAGCACCGCUGGCUUACAGGAAAAUGCCAGAAUUAAUGCACUCUGAUGCGUGUUCUCCCUUUCAAAGAAGCAGACCUCUUAUUUCAAUGAUGCUGCCAUGGUUACAUUUUGGGUCUCUUUAAGUA